AUGUCAAUCUCCACCGUGCGCAAACGCAUAAUCAUUGCGGUAACAGGGGCAACCGGAGCACCGCUGGCAGUCAGCCUCCUCGAGAACCUCCGUCGGCUAGAUGUCGAAUCCCAUCUAAUAAUGUCCAAAUGGGGAGCUGCCACCUUGAAAUAUGAACUAGAUCCACCUCACAACACACCUAGUUACCUGCAAUCGCUUGCCCAUACAACCUACGCACCGCGCGACGUCUCCGCCUCUAUAUCCUCAGGCUCCUUCCGAACAGACGGCAUGAUUGUCGUCCCAUGCAGCAUGAAGACUCUGGCCGGUAUCCGAAUGGGAUACGAUGAUGAUCUCAUCACUCGCGCAGCUAGCGUAACCCUCAAGGAACGAAGAAGACUUGUGCUUGUGGCGAGAGAGACUCCCUUGAGUUCCAUCCAUUUAGAAAAUAUGCUGCGGUUGACACAUGCUGGUGCUGUUUUAUUUCCUCCUGUGAUGGCAUUCUAUACCCGGCCGAAAAAUAUACAAGAGAUGGUGGAGCAGAGUGUGACUAGGAUAAUUGAUUUGCUAGAUUUGGGAAUUGAGAGCCACAGUGAGCAGGGUGAACGAUGGACGGGGUUUCAAUGGGAGGCGAAGAAAAGACAGGCCAAGGGGUAG